AUCACGAGGCAUGGGCUUUCUAUGCUACUUGAAAUUUUAGGGCUCAGUCAUUCUGUCUCGAAAUCACCAGCACUAAAUGAUACCGUCAUCAUUGCAAUCGAUUUUGAGGGUAUUAAUACCAUCAAAAGCGGGUUUACCCAGAAGGAGAAUAGUCAAGUUGGAUUUGCGAUUCUCGAUACCAAGGAGCUUCGCCAGGUCCCACCAGAAAAGCUUAUUACAAGCCUAAACUUUGCUACGGGAUCGCCAUCAUACGUUUCAAAAGCAUCCAAUAAAUUUCUCUUUGGAGAGACAAUCACGAUUCAACCAUCGUCCAUGGUACAAACCAUUCAAUCACACAUUCCUCAAGAUCGCAGCGUAGUACUUGUGGGCCACGGUAUCCUGAACGAGCUCCAGGCUUUACAGGCUUUAGGAUUCGAGUUUGAACGGCUACCUUCUGGGAUUCUGGAUACGUCGCGCAUUGCUAAUGAAGGGUUUCAAUUCUGGGGCGGCUCUCUCAGCGACCUGCUAGGUGUGUUAGGGUGUCCUUUCAACAGACUGCACGUCGCUGGAAACGAUGCCAACUUCCCUUCAAGGGCUCUUCUCCUUUUAGCAGCGAAGUGGUGCAUCAGUCAACAACAAGAUGACGAGGUAUUGGAUAUCUUGCGGGAUAUCUCAACCUGCCCGAUUCCUCCUUAUGUCGACCCUGAAAUUAAAGCGGCAGAAAGGCGGGAAAAGAGGCUGGUAAGGAGUCGGAAGCACCAGUCAAAGCUAUGGAGUAAGGAGAAGCAGGACCAAAUCCGUGCUGCUCGA